GCUGGCCCGGCGCUGCUGUAGUGGCGGCGGCCCGUGGUCGUGUGGUUUGUAUACUGCAGUGUAGCGCGCGAGCGCGGCAACUGGCUAUGCCCGAUGACGUCAGCAGGCGGCGUGGCGCCCCCUGCGGACUGCCUGCGGGCUUGUGUUGGGGUGCGUAUGACGUCACAUCCGCCGGCCCUUUCCGGCCGCACUUCCGGCUCGUCCGUUCCUGGAAGAGCGGCGGGCAGCCAGCAGCUAACUGGCUGGAUCCUCCAUCUCCAGCGUCUGCAGCCGGCGCGGCCCACUGACACACUAACCGGAAGCGGCGGCGUCGGCACAGGUCGACACAUGGUACAACAUCCAGGAAGAAAAAGUCGCUGGAGUCGGAUCAAAGGGAACGUCUGGAGGAGCAGUCUUCGUAGCAGAAUGGCAGUGUGGGGUUCCCGCGAUGGUCUCACAGUUGGCCUGCGGUCAUUUAAUGCUGGCUUCCAACUCCGUUGCCACGUCCAGCAAAAGCGUCAUGUUUCAUUACAGCCAUGUAACACCACGAUAUUAACGUGCGUAAAACAGGCACGUUCAGGUGCAGUAAUCGCCGAAAGUGACCAGCUACAGGGCUGGGUGAUUGAUGUAGCUCAAGGCUGUGUUAAAAAAACUGAACAGUACCGAACUGACCUGCACCCCCGGUAGAACCCCCAAGUGCCCCUCUCCCCUCACGACCCCCUAAAACCUAUCUACAGUUUUUCUACACAGAUUUAGGAAAUUCUGUAAGUAGGUUCAAUAAAUAAAACAACAGCCAUCACACAUUUGGCGUUUACAGCAAACCUACCGCUACAGAUAACGUUAUAACAGCCAACCCCUGUCACCCGAAAUCACAAAAGCCUGCAUACUUCCAUUCAGUGACCAACAGAUUAAUCGAUUUACGAGUAGAAGAACCAGAAAUGCAAAAAGAACUUGAAAUACUAUACUCCGUCACAUAGCCCACAAAAAUGAUUUUGACCAACAUAUAGUAACAGAAUUAUAUAAAAAAUACCCGCAACCCAAACACAACGCAAUACACAACGAAAUAUAUCUAACUAGAGAAACCUCAAUUAAAUGGUUCAAAUGGCUCUGAGCACUAUGGGACUUAACAUCUGAGGUCAUCAGUCCCCCGGCCGGCGAAACCACAAUUAAAGAAAGAACAAUGUACGUACUUACAAUUUACCUAGGACAAAAACCGAACAACAUAAUUCACUAUUAAAAACCCCACGCAUCCAACUGGCCUUCUGUGCUAAUAUCUCGUUACAAAGCUGCAUUCAGGCAAGACCAAAAUCUUAGAAUAUACCUAUCGUGGAAAAUACAAAAUAACUUGUGACAAUUGCAAUAAUUUCUAUAUCGGCCAAAGGGAACGAAACUUUAGUAUCAGAUUCUAGGAACACACUAGAAACAGUGACAGUAAAAAAUCUAGUUUCUUUUUGCAUCUAAAAAUCCAACUCCACACGGCCGAGAAAAUUGAAACAUUACAAAUACUGCACAGAAUACCGAUAGGACCCACUUUGAACAUACUUGAAGAAUUAGUGAUAUCUAUACAUACAAAAGACUAUCCGGACGAAAUACUAAAAGAACACACAGACAAUAAAACAUACUCAGGCCAAAGAUAAAAUUCACAGCCAACACCAGUCACUGAAAUACAAUAUACAAUGGCCGUACUGUUUGCUACAAAAAGCCAAUAAAAUUAAUUAAAAAAUAUAACAUUAUCACUGCUUGGUUAACUACACGUUGCAAAUAUAUAGCAACACAGUAAAAUAACUGUCAAAUAUUUAGUAAAAGAAAUACGAAAUAAGUGACAAAAGUAUUGCAUACAUUUAUAAUUAUUACACGUCAAAUACUCAACGAAUUAGACAAUGACAGUUUCACUGUAGAUGCAAUAUGGAUUUUAUAAAUCAAACUAGACUUAAAAACCAGUGUACUCUUCCAAUGUAUAAUUACUCAUAUGGACAGUCACCAUAUGUGUAGAUAAUUUCGCCAUCGUUCUAUUCGCAGUUUACUUGAGAUGGCAAUAAAGCCGAAACAGCUGCCGUAAUAAAGAACAUUAUACAUGUCGCUGCUAGUCUGGACCUUUCUUUUUCAGAAUGUCAUAAUGUGUUCUGUGCUGCAUAAAGCGAAAAAUA